CGCGCGUAACGGUUACUGCCGCCGCCGCUGGGGUUAUUGUUUCGCCAUGGCCCGUGGGAACCAGCGUGAACUUGCUCGCCAGAAAAACAUGAAGAAAACUCAAGAACAUAACAAAGGAAAAAGAAAAGAGGAUGCUUUGUCUGCUUCUCAGAGGAAACAAAGAGAUUCUGAAAUAAUGCAGCAAAAGCAGAAAGCUGCUGAUGAGAAGAAGACUCUUCAGUCAGGAACAAAAUAGAUUAUGGCUACAAAAAGACCUAAAUAUGCUGCAAUGCAUCUUGAAAUAGAGGGCCUAAAGACAUAUUUGUUAAAGUAGCCAGCCAUUAAAUGGUUAAUGUUUAUCUUCUCUUUGCUCACUUGUCCAGUAUGCAUUUAUUUUAGAACUUGUUAGUAUAGUGCAGUUGCAGCUGACUUGGCUUUAAUUGAAUUACUAGAAUCUCUUCCAAUAAAAUUGGAUUAUCAAUUCCCUUUGCAUGUCUAUUAGUAAUGGUAGCAGUAGCUUGACUGCAGUUUUCAUUGUUACAAUGUUGGCUCAGUAAAUGGCUUGUGUAACUGUACCAGUUAUCAUAUAUGCAGAUAAACUGGGAACCUUUAACAUUCAAAUAUGGAAUACCUAAAAAGCCCAGUUGCUCUGUACUUGCUUUCCAAUUUGUAAAGGUCAGCUGUAAAGUUAAUCUAAAUUAUUUUUACAAUAAAAAUGUUGCAUGAA